GUAAUAUGUUACCUAUCAAUAAAGAGUUAUCUGUUUUUCGUAAUUCGUCACUUUAACAUUGUUAUACUAAUCGUAAUAAACACGAAGAAUAUUCAGCUUGUUGUUAUAUCUUUUAGGUUAAUUACACAUCUAAUAUGGCUGAAGAUCGAAUUGGUCUUUUAUUCAAAGCUGCUACACUUGCGUCCUCAAUACAAGAUAGCAAAACCCAACAAAUAUUAAAAAGUUACUACAUGUUGAAAUGUCAGGAAACAACGGGGGGCUUUGGCUUGCCAAAAAAAUAUUUUUCGAGGGACACCAGAUGCCCUCGUUGUGGCAUUGAAUGGGACAGAGACACGGAGACAAAGUUAACAACUAUUAGAUUAACAAAAAAACAAAGAAGAAGAAUAAGGAGCAAGAAAAAAAUUGUAAAUGCUAGAAACAAAGAGUAUUUAUUCCACAGCAAUAAGUUGGAACAAAUCUGUUCAUUUUGUGGUCACAACAUGAAAACAUAUAUUACUAAACCAGAAAAGUCAAAAAUUAAAUUACCAGAGGUUGAAACACCAGUGGAAGUUGAAGCUACAACUAAUAUCAUGAAAGGAACAAAGAAAAUUAGCAAAACGCAGCACCAAGCUAACGUUUAUUGUCAAUCCAAAAAUGCCUUUAAUCUGAAAAGAAAUGAAAACAACUUGGCAACUACCAUGAAGCCACAACCAAAAGUUAUAAAGAACAAUAAAAAGAAAAAAGAUAAAUAUGCUGGUUUAUGUAAAAUGGCAGUUGCAGCUGCGGCGAAACAAAAGCUAAAUAAACUUGAGCUCUUUUUAAAAUCUGCUCCAUAAAACGUCUUAUAAUCUAUAUUGUCUGUAAUUAGCUUUAUAAUUUUGAACCACAGCCACAUAAAAAAAAAAAAAAUUAACAUUUAAUUUCAGACGAGUUAACAGUUAGCAAUAAAUUGUUAUAUUUUUAAAUAUAGCUGUAGUUAUAAUAGGUAGGCUUAGUUAAUGAUCAUUGUUUUAAUUCUUAGAUACUGAUUAUAAACAAACUAAGUUUCAUGUAUAUUUUUGUAUUAUUAUUAAAUGUAUGUCCAUGA